AUCAGCAGUGUACUUAUGUUAUAAAAAAUCGGUGGCCAAGACUAACACUAUAUCUUACAAAGCUGGUCUAAUUUGUAGAUAUCCUCAAGAAGAUUAUGAGUCAUUCUCACUACCAGAAUCUGUUCCCCUAUUUUGUUUACCAAUGGGUGCAACUAUUGAAUGUUGGCCACCAAAUAGCAAAUACCCUCUCCCUGUAUUUUCUACAUUUGUGUUAACUGGAGCCUCAGCUGAAAAGAUCUAUGGUGCUGCUAUUCAGUUUUAUGAACCAUACUCUGAGGAGAAUCUCACAGAAAAACAGAGACUUCUUUUGGGUUUAGCAUCAUCAACAGAUGGGAAUUCUGAUAGUUCUAAAACAAUUCACACCAGCAAAUGCAUCUGUCUUCUUUCUCACUGGCCUUUUUUUGAUGCAUUCAGGAAAUUUCUAACUUUUCUGUAUCGUUAUUCCAUCUCUGGACCUCAUGUCCUUCCAAUUGAGAAGCAUAUUUCACAUUUUAUGCAUAAAGUUCCUUUUCCAUCUCCUCAGAGACCACGGAUUUUAGUUCAGUUAUCACCACAUGAUAAUCUGAUUCUCAGUCAGCCUGUCUCUUCACCUCUUCCACUGAGUGGUGGCAAGUUUUCAACACUGCUUCAGAAUUUAGGCCCUGAAAAUGCUGUGACACUUCUGGUGUUUGCAGUAACAGAACAUAAAAUUCUCAUUCAUUCCUUACGGCCUUCAGUGCUUACUAGUGUGACAGAGGCAUUAGUGUCUAUGAUUUUCCCUUUCCAUUGGCCAUGCCCGUAUGUUCCUCUCUGCCCACUGGCUUUAGCAGAUGUCUUGAGCGCACCAUGUCCGUUCAUAGUAGGGAUUGAUUCAAGAUACUUUGAUCUCUAUGAUCCUCCACCAGAUGUCAGUUGUGUUGACUUGGAUACCAACACCAUUUCUCAAACUGGUGAUAAGAAAAAUGUAGCCUGGAAGAUACUUCCAAAGAAGCCAUGUAAAAAUCUGAUGAACACAUUGAAUAAUUUACACCAGCAAUUGGCAAAAUUGCAGCAGAGACCGAGAGAUGAUGGACUAAUGGACUUAGCAAUGAAUGACUGUGAUUUUAAUUAUGGAAAGAGAUUGCACAUGAUAGAUUUGGAAAUCCAAGAGGCAUUUUUGUUUUUCAUGGCCUCUAUUUUAAAAGGUUAUAGAUCAUACUUGAGGCCAAUAACACAAGCCCCAUCUGAGACAGCCACAGAUGCAGCCUCUCUUUUUGCUCUGCAAGCUUUCUUACGAAGCCGGGACCGGUCACAUCAAAAAUUCUAUAACAUGAUGACCAAAACACAAAUGUUUAUUCGCUUCAUUGAGGAAUGUUCUUUUGUCAGUGAUAAAGAUGCAAGCCUGGCAUUUUUUGAUGAUUGUGUAGAUAAAGUGGAUAUGGACAAGAGUGGUGAAGUGCGACUUAUAGAACUGGAUGAAUCUUUCAAAAGUGAACAUACUGUUUUUGUAACACCACCUGAGAUCCCCCACCUACCCAGUGGUGAAGAACCCCCUUUACAGUACAGCUAUAAUGAAUUUCCAGUUCUUAAGAACAACUUAUUUGAGAGACCUGAAGGAUUUCUACAAACGCAAAAGAGCAAAUUGCCUUCAAAAUCAAGUAGUCCUAGUAGCCCUUCUCCCAUGUUCAGAAGAACAAAACAGGAAAUUAAAUCAGCUCAUAAAAUUGCAAAGAGGUAUUCUUCCAUCCCUCAGAUGUGGUCUAGGUGUCUACUGCGUCACUGUUAUGGACUGUGGUUUAUUUGUCUCCCAGCUUAUGUGAAAGUAUGUCAUUCAAAAGUCAGGGCUCUGAAAACAGCCUAUGAUGUGCUGAAAAAAAUGCAUUCAAAGAAGAUGGAUCCACCUGAUGAGGUGUGCUACCGCAUUCUUAUGCAGCUCUGUGGACAGUAUGAUCAGCCAGUGCUUGCAGUUAGAGUGCUUUUUGAAAUGCAGAAGGCUGGUAUUGACCCCAAUGCCAUUACUUAUGGUUAUUAUAAUAAGGCUGUUUUGGAAAGUACUUGGCCUUCAAGAAGUCGUAGUGGCUGUUUUCUUUGGACAAAAGUAAGAAAUGUUGUUUUAGGAGUAGCACAGUUCAAAAGAGCUUUAAAGAAAUGUGCACACAUAUCGCAAACAACUCUCUCAGAUGGCAGUGACCUGGAUGCUGUUAGUCAUGGCAGCAUGGAUAGUGGUCAUGGGACACACACUGUGGAGCAGGCACCCUUUAAUACGGGUUUAAUCAAAGUAUAUGCUACUGAUGAUAGAUCUAGUACAGGUGGCCAGUCUGAUCUUGGAUAUAAUUCAUUAUCUAAGGAUGAAGUUAGAAGAGGGGAUACAUCUACUGAGGACAUUCAAGAAGAAAAAGAUAAAAAAGGGAGUGAUUCUAGUUCCUUGUCAGAGAGUGAGAGUGCGAAAGGAAGUACUGAUUGCCUUCCUAAGCUCAAUUAUCAAAGUUCUUCCAGUAUAGUUCGCCUCAGCAGUACAAGUAACAACAGUGCUAAUAAAAUAUCAGGAGAAAGCACAGAAAGCACACCUGAGCUGCUCUUAAUAUCGUCUCUUGAGGAUACAAAUGAAACAGGAAACAUUCAAAGUAGAUGCUUCAGGAAAAGAUACAAAAGUGACAAUGAAUCUAAUUUGCAGCAACAAAUGGUCUGGGGAAAUAGAAACCGUAAUCUUAGUGGAGAGGUACUGAUGGGAUUUAUGCUCAAUAGAAUUAACCAGGAAGCGAACCCUGGAGAUAUAGUUGAAAAAUUAGGAGCUGAUGCGAAAAUUCUUUCAAAUGUUAUCUCAAAAAGCACAAGACCAAGUAGUCUUGAUAUUGGAAAGCCACCUUUAAGAUCAAAAAGAGACAGUCUAGAAAAGGAAUCUAGUGAUGAUGAUACACCUUUUGAUGGUUCUAACUGUUUGACAGAUAAAGUGGAUUCUCCUGUUAUUUUUGAUUUAGAAGACCUAGACAUUGAAACAGAUGGAUCAAAAGCAGGAUAUGUUGCUACGCAAAAUCCCAAGAGGAUACAGCAUAUGAACAGCAGCUUUUCAGUGAAACCUUUUGAAAAAACUGAUGUCGCAACAGGAUUUGAUCCCCUCUCUCUUUUGGUUGCUGAGACUGAACAGCAGCAAAAGGAAGAGGAAGAGGAGGAUGAAGGUGAUAGCAAAAGCAUCUCAACGCCAUCUGCUAGACGUGAUUUAGCUGAAGAAAUUGUGAUGUAUAUGAAUAACAUGAGCAGUCCUUUGACAAGUCGGACACCAAGCAUUGAUUUACAACGGGCAUGUGAUGAUAAGUUAACCAAUAAGAAAAGUCCAAUAUUGGUCAAGGCAUGCAGAAGAUCCAGCCUGCCUCCUAAUUCUCCUAAGCCAGUGAGACUUACCAAAUCUAAAAGUUAUACAAAAAGUGAAGAGAGACCAAGGGAUAGACUGUGGUCUUCUCCAGCCUUCUCACCUACUUGCCCGUUUAGGGAAGAAUCUCAAGGUUCAUUAACCCAUUCAUCACCUUCAUUUAAUUUAGAUACACUAAUUGUACCUAAAUUAGAUGUUCUAAGGAACAGUAUGUUCACUGCUGGAAAAGGAGUUGCAGAGAAAGCAAGCAAAUGGUAUUCAAGAUUCACCAUGUAUACCACAUCAUCUAAAGAUCAAAGUUCUGAUCGUACCAGUCUUUCUUCAGUGGGAGCCCAGGAUUCUGAAUCUACCUCUUUAACAGAUGAGGAUGUCUGCCAUGAGUUGGAAGGAGCCACUUCCUACCAAGAGAGCUGUGCCACUUCAGGGACUAAGGGGAUUGAUCUUAGCCGAACAAGCCUGGAAAGUUCUGCCUCAUUAGAAGGAUCCCUGUCAAAGUUUGCCUUACCUGGAAAAUCAGAAGUGACAUCUUCCUUCAACACAAGUAAUACAAAUAUCUUCCAGAACUAUGCAAUGGAGGUUCUCAUCUCAAGUUGCUCUCGGUGUAGAACUUGUGAUUGUCUUGUCCAUGAUGAGGAAAUCAUGGCUGGCUGGACAGCAGAUGAUUCAAAUCUCAAUACUACAUGCCCAUUCUGUGGCAAUCUUUUCUUACCAUUUCUGAAUAUCGAAAUAAGAGAUUUAAGACGACCUGGAAGAUACUUUUUGAAGUCAAGCCCUUCGUUGGAAAAUAUGCACUUUCCCUCCUCCUUUUCAAGUCAGACAAGGCGGUCUUGCAUUUCAACAUCAGCCUCUGGUCUGGACACAUCUACUCUCUCUGUUCGAGGGAGUUUUGAUCUAAAUAGCAAAUCUAAACUACAGGAAAAUUCCUGUGCCCAAAGUAUUCAGAUCCCUGCUAAUAGAUCAAAAACAGCUAUGUCAAAAUGUCCGAUAUUUCCAAUGGCAAGGAGUAUUAGUACUUAUGGCCACUUGGAUAAGGAAGAUACUGGAGGACAGAAGCUCAUUCCUACAGGCAGCCUGCCCACUACUUUACAAGGAGCUACAGAUCCUUUAGGAUUAGAAUGGCACCUUCCAAGUCCAGAUCCUGUCACUGUUCCAUAUCUUAGUCCUUUAGUGGUAUGGAAGGAACUUGAAAGUUUAUUGGAAAAUGAAGGUGAUCAUGCUAUAACAGUGGCAGACUUUGUGGACCAUCAUCCAAUUGUUUUUUGGAACCUGGUGUGGUACUUUAGACGUCUUGACUUGCCCAGUAACUUACCUGGAUUGAUUCUUUCUUCUGAGCAUUGUAACAAGUAUUCAAAGAUUCCCCGCCACUGUAUGUCUGAAGAUAGUAAAUAUGUUUUAAUACAAAUGUUAUGGGACAAUAUGAAAUUACAUCAGGAUCCAGGACAGCCCUUGUACAUCCUCUGGAAUGCCCACAGUCAAAAUCGUACUCUUUUGUUUGAGACCCAGAAAUAUCCAAUGGUCCAUUUAUUGAAAAAAAAUGAUAACUCAUUUAACCAGGAACUAUUGAAAAGUAUGGUAAAAAGCAUUAAAAUGAAUGAUGUCUAUGGACCAAUGAGUCAGAUUUUAGAGACACUGAAUAAGUGUCCACAUUUUAAAAGACAGAGGAGUUUAUACAGAGAAAUACUGUUUCUCUCACUUGUGGCACUGGGAAGAGAAAACAUUGAUAUAGAUGUGUUUGAUAAAGAAUACAAGAUGGCAUACGAUCGUCUCACACCUAGUCAAGUCAAGAGUACACACAACUGUGAUAGACCACCAAGUACAGGGGUGAUGGAAUGUCGAAAAACCUUUGGAGAACCUUAUCUUUAAGAUAUGUGUGUGUGUACACAUUCAGUGUAUAUUGUAUAGUCCAUGUAUAAAAUAAUACUUAUAGAUUCUAAAA